AUGUGGAACCACAGUGGCACAAAGAGGCACAUGUUCCCCGUGGACCUGUGCUCCAACGGGACAAUCACGAAAGGAAGAAACUGCUAUGAGUAUGUGGAUGGGAAAGAUCAAUCUCAGGGCAACUGGAUGAGGUAUGUGAACUGUGCCCGGCAUGACGAAGAAAAGAACCUGGAGGCCUUCCAGUACCACAGCCAGAUCUUCUAUCGGACCUGCCGUGUCAUCAGGCCAGGCUGUGAACUGCUGACCUGGUAUGGGACUGAGUAUGGCAAGAAACUGGGCAUCACGUGGGUCAGCAAGCGGAAGAAAGAACUCACGGCAGGGCAAGGUGGGUACCAUGAUGACUCCCUAGGAAGGAAAGGGAUGGAUGCUUCUCCUU